AUGGAGCCCGGAGCUGCAAGUGGAGAGCGCGUGCAGGUACAGCGCAUAUAUGUGGAGUCAGUUGGUUCGGACGGGACGCAGACGGUACCGGCGAUACAGGUGGACGACCAGCCAGCAGAGUCGCCGUUCAGUGACGAGUUCCAGUUUGAGGUGGGGGGGCGCGAGGGCCGGCAGCCGUCGAUUUUGAAGGCGGAGCGGCAGCCACAGCGGCAGGGCGGCAAGCUUGCGUUUGCCACGGGGACGGGAGAGCACGUGGACGGCGCGAAUAGCGAGUUCUCGAUGACGCUGACGCCCACGCGGGUGGGGCAGCCCCAGAGUGUCCCGUUGUCGGACGGGAAGCGGCGCGAGCUGCGUUCUGCAAAAGAGAUGAAGAUUCUGCGGUGGGGUACGCAGCGGCACAAGACCGGGCGGCCUGUGGGCCGAGCGCGGACUUUGAGGUGGGGCAAGAAGAACUACGACAACUUGCCCGAGGACCGGGGCAGCGGUGGAAGUGACACGGACGCGGGGGUGGCGGGGAAGAGCCGCGCUGCCGAGAAGCGCGCGGUGUACUUCAACAUGCCGCUGCCUCCGGAGCUAACCGGAGAAAACGGCCGACCGGUGGUGAACUACCCACGGAACAAGAUACGCACGACGAAGUAUACGCCGUUGUCGUUUCUACCGAAAAACUUGGCAUACCAGUUUAAGAACGCGGCUAACAUCUACUUUCUUUUGUUAGUGUGUCUCAGUUUCGUGUCCAUCUUCGGCGUCACGAACCCGGCGCUUGCAGCGAUUCCGUUGAUAGCCAUUGUUGUGAUAACCGGGCUCAAGGACGCGUUUGAAGACUCCAGGCGCACCAUCCUUGACUUGGAGGUGAACAACAUGCGCUCGCAUAUACUACACGGUGUCGAAAACAACAAUGUAUCAGCGGACAAUGUUUCACUGUGGCGUAAAUUCAAAAAGUUAAACACCAGGUUAUUGAUUGCAACAGUCCGUUUCUUCCGCGAGUCUUUCACGGAGGCUGGGCGGCGGCGGCGCGCGCAGCGAGCGCGCGAGGAAUCUCAAAUGGCUGCUUCGAGGCUGGGCAGCGACCCCAGAAUGUCUUUGGACUCUAUGGGCUCCUACCGACCAUCUCUGGACUUUGACAAUAUAGGGCAACUCGUUUCCUCGGAUCAGGUGUCGGUGCUUAACCGGAACCUACCGCCUGUACCGGAUUGCAGGUUUGGUAAGUCUCAUUGGAAGGAUAUAAGAGUCGGAGACAUCGUUAGAAUCCACAAUAACGAUGAAAUACCCGCAGACAUAAUCCUAUUGUCCACUUCCGACGCCGAUGGGGCUUGUUAUGUUGAGACAAAAAAUUUGGACGGUGAGACGAAUCUCAAGGUCCGCCAGUCUUUAAAAUGUUCCCAUCGGAUUAGAAAUUCUAAAGAUAUUUCUCGUUGCAAAUUUUGGGUCGAAUCAGAGGGACCGCAUGCAAACCUAUACUCCUACCAAGGGAACUUCAAAUGGGUGGAUUCGGAAACUGGCGUUAUGCAUAACGAACCUGUCAAUAUUAAUAACAUGUUAUUACGUGGCUGUUCCUUGCGCAACACAAAAUGGGCGAUGGGAAUUGUUAUGUUUACAGGUACAGAUACCAAGAUUAUGCUCAAUGCUGGUGUUACGCCUACUAAGAGGUCUAGGAUCUCCAGAGAAUUGAACUACUCCGUUAUUUUGAACUUCGUUUUCCUAUUCGUUUUAUGUUUGGCAGCAGGCCUAGUGAAUGGUAUUUAUUACCGACGGGAUGCAACCUCCAGGACUUUCUUCGAGUUUGGUACUGUGGCAGGGACGCCGUUUGCUAACGGUAUUCUCGCCUUCUUUGUCGCUCUUAUCCUUUACCAGUCCUUGGUGCCCAUUUCAUUGUACAUUUCUAUUGAGAUAAUAAAAACCGCGCAAGCCGCAUUCAUUUAUGGUGAUGUCCUAUUAUACAAUCCAAAAUUAGACUACCCAUGUACUCCUCGAACAUGGAAUAUUUCAGACGACUUGGGCCAAAUAGAAUAUAUCUUCUCUGAUAAGACUGGUACUCUAACCCAAAAUGUUAUGGAAUUUAAAAAGUGCACGAUUAACGGUGUUUCAUAUGGUCGCGCUUACACGGAAGCUCUUGCAGGACUCCGUAAGCGCCAAGGGGUUGAUAUUGAAGAGGAAGGCGCCCGUGAACGUGCUGAAAUAGAAGAAGAUAAAAAGCAAAUGGUUGAGUUACUACUUAAACUCGGAAAAAAUUCUCAAUUAGAUCCUCAUACUGUGACCUUUGUUUCAAAAGAAUUAGUACAAGAUCUAGGUGGUGCCAAUUCUCAAGAACAAAAGGAGGCAGUAGAGCAUUUUAUGUUGUCACUUGCAUUGUGUCAUUCGGUAGUUGUUGAAGAAAAUAAAAAUAACCCAGAAAAGCUAGAUAUAAAAGCUCAGUCGCCAGAUGAGGCUGCGCUCGUUGAAACUGCAAGAGAUAUGGGGUUUAGCUUUGUGGGCCGCACGAAGAAUGGUGUUAUCAUAGAAAUACAAGGUGUUCAGAAAGAAUUUCGGAUUUUAAAUGUCUUAGAGUUCAAUUCAACUCGGAAGAGGAUGUCCUGUAUUGUUAAGAUUCCUGCUGCUGAUGAAAACUCAAAGCCGAAGGCUCUCUUGUUAUGCAAAGGAGCUGACUCAGUCAUAUAUUCCAGGCUUGAUAGAUCGAGGAAUGAUCCAAAGUUGUUGGAAAGAACCGCCUUGCAUCUAGAACAGUUUGCCACUGAAGGUUUAAGAACUCUAUGUGUAGCGCAACGUGAGAUAGACUGGGAUGAAUACCUAAAUUGGAAUGAACGCCGUGAGUUAGCUGCUGCCUCUCUAGAUAAUCGUGAAGAAGCGUUGGAGAGGGUAGCAGAUGCGAUUGAACGUCAACUUGUUCUUCUUGGUGGUACAGCAAUCGAAGAUAGAUUACAAGAUGGUGUGCCCGACUCUAUCUCUAUUCUCGCAGAUGCAGGAAUUAAGUUAUGGGUGCUAACAGGAGACAAGGUUGAGACGGCAAUUAACAUUGGUUUCUCGUGUAAUUUGUUGGGCAGUGAUAUGGAGUUGUUGGUGAUCAAAUCAUCUGGAGAGGAUGUUGAACAUUUGGGCGAAAAGGAUUCUGAUGUGGUACUUGCCCUAAUAGAUAAGUACCUAGAAACCCAUUUUAACAUGAAAGGGUCCCCAGAGGAGCUAGCUGCUGCUAGAAAGGACCAUACGCCCCCACAGAGUGCUUUUGGUGUUGUGAUAGAUGGAGACGCGUUAAAGUUGGCCCUACAUGGAGAAGACAUUCGUCGGAAGUUUUUACUAUUGUGCAAGAACUGUAAAGCUGUUCUUUGUUGCCGUGUCUCUCCAUCUCAAAAAGCUGCAGUGGUCAAACUUGUCAAGGAAUCCUUAGAUGUCGUGACGUUGGCAAUUGGUGAUGGCUCCAAUGAUGUGGCUAUGAUACAAGCCGCGGACGUAGGCAUUGGCAUUGCGGGCGAAGAAGGUAGACAGGCUGUGAUGUCGGCGGACUACGCCAUUGGCCAGUUCAGAUACUUGACCAGAUUGGUCUUGGUCCACGGGCGGUGGUCAUAUAAAAGACUAGCGGAGAUGAUCCCCCAAUUUUUCUACAAGAACAUCACUUUCACUUUAGCACUCUUUUGGUUCGGUAUUUGCAGUAACUACGAUGGGUCCUAUUUAUUCGAGUACACGUACUUGAUGUUCUACAAUUUGGCCUUCACUUCCCUUCCUGUUAUCUUCCUGGGUAUCAUGGACCAGGAUGCCAGCGACGUUCUUUCUGUGGUAGUGCCACAGUUAUACAAGGUGGGCAUCCUGCGUACGGAGUGGACACAGAACAAGUUCUGGUGGUACUGUUUUGACGGUGUGUACCAAUCGAUCAUAUGUUUCUUCUUUCCCUACCUAUGCUACUACCGUACCGGGCUUAUUACCAAGAACGCCUAUGGUCUCGACCACCGCUACACUUUCGGCGUGUUUGUCACCUCCAUCGCGGUUGUCUCCUGUAACCUCUACGUGCUCAUCCACCAAUACCGCUGGGACUGGUUCACAACCCUUUUCAUCUUCCUUUCCUGCGGCAUCCUCUUCUUCUGGACCGGCGUCUGGAGCAGCGCGACGUACUCUGGCGAAUUCUACAAGACCGCCGUCCGUCUCUACGCACAGCCCGUCUUCUGGGCCGUCCUCUUUGUCGGUGUGAUCUUCUGCCUCCUCCCGCGCUUUACGUGGGACGCUGUGCAGAAGCUCUUCUUCCCCCGCGAUAUCGACAUAGUCCGGGAGUGCUGGUGGCGCGGCGACUUCGACAUGUACCCCGAGGACUACGACCCCACAGAUCCAAACCGGCCGCGUAUCAACGUUUCCCACACAGGCGUCGACCGCGCCUCCGACGACGAACGCUCCCGCACCGGCAGCGACCUCGGCGUGACCCGCACCACCGUCAUAUCCGAAGACAUCCCCAUGGGCUUGAUCGACAAGACCGCACCGCACUCCCGCGCCGAUCCGACAACACCCCUGGGCUCCGAGGAUUCCGCGCGCUACUCGCUCGAGGUCACCCGCCGCGAAAUGCUUCAAACCCACCAGCUCGAUAGCCGCUACUCGGUCGAGCGUGCACGCACCUCGCUCGACCUACCGGGAGUCACCCGCGCGCGCACACUUAUCAGUAACCAUUAG